AACCGGUGACGUCGUUACGUGGAAGGUUGGUGGGGGCCUGAGUCAGUGAAGAAAAGAAAUGGCGAUGCACGGAGCGUUUAGCGCAGCACAGUACAAAAAACCCGUCUCUGACAGGAGUAGCGACGUGUCAGAAUUCGUCUGUCCAGUUUGUCUCGAAAUUUUCGAGAGCCCCGUAACAACACAAUGCGGACAUACGUUCUGCCAAAGUUGUCUGCAGGAAUGUUUGCGUCCACAGAAACCUGUUUGUGCUGUAUGUCGAGCUGCACUGGGUCACUGGACUAAAGCUGUUGACCUAGAGGCCCUCAUUCAGUCAUCUGUGGCAGCCUGUAAGGGAUGUGGAGCCCAGGUUUGCCUUUCCCAGAUGAGAAGCCACACGGCUGCCUGUUCAAAAUACCAGGACUACAUUGAGGAGGGAGUGAGAACCACUGCCCAGAACCAGCCUGCCAUCAUCAGUCCAGUGCCAAAUCGCUACACCUUCACUUGUCCAUACUGCAACUGCCUGAACCUCGAUCAGGACGGCCUGGUUGAACACUGUACUUCCCAGCAUGCUCGAGAUGCACGUCAAGUGGUAUGCCCCAUCUGUGCCGCGAUGCCUUGGGGGGACCCUAACUACAGGAGUACUGACUUUUUCCAGCACCUGAAGCUCAGACACGGAUUCGCUUAUGAUACCUUUGUUGACUUCUUUACGGAUGAGAACACAAUGAUUCAGGAGGCUCUACAGCGCUCCCUUGUGGACAACUGAAGUUUGAAGAACUAUUGGUCAGAGGGGAAAUCCAGUGACGUGAGGGGGAGAUGGUGAUGUGAAGUCUCUAGAAGACAGAAUAACACACAGUAUAAUUCAUCUAUCACUGAGGAUGCUGAUACUGUAUUACUAUGGGUAAUCAGUUUCACAAGGAAUUGGUAUUGUAACUAUGAAUAUUUAGGUUAUGAAUUCGAAAAUUAAUAACAAUACGGUUAAACAUAUAUUGUUUGCGUUGGGAGUGAUACUGUGUUUCUGGUGUGAUAAUUUCUUAUCUUCCCCCAGUUGAAUUUGUAGAGUUGCUAGUUUGUUGAAUAUCUACUAGGCUAUGUUUGUUAAGCUGUUUGUUCAUUAAUGACAUGGUGUCAUACAGCCAAAAACUUUGUAAGUGAACUUCUCUGUUGUCAAUACUUGAUGUUAUAAGAGGGUUUGACCACUAGGUGGCUAACUAUUGCCAGCAAACAAUAAACUUCACCUAGUGAAGUCUCAGUCAAGUAAUGUAAACAAUAAUAUAUGUUUAUCCACUCAAGAGGAACGAUGCGUGUUCAUGCCUAAAAAAGAAGGAAUUUUGUUUUUUGUUUCUGAGUCAUUAACAAAUGGAAGCUCUGUCUUUUCCAGAGCUUUCUGGGUGAGGUGUGUGUGUGUGUGUGUGUGUGUGUGUGUGUGUGUGUGUGUGGCGAGGGGCUGUUUAUUCUGUUUUCAGAGAUCUACUGGAAAGAAUAAAUAAUAUGAGGGUCAAACAAAGCCAGAGAUGGCUGUUGGCUUUGUUGUAAUGUUUCUCCCUUAUGUCUUUGUGCCUGCUGGUAGAUCUUGUUUCUGACUUCCAAAACUCUUAGGGCUAAUAGUUCAUCCACUGAACCAAAAGAUGCAAGUAGGAGACCAUCGGUGUGUCAUAAUUGGUCAGUUCUGUAAUUGUGUGUGUGUGUGUGUGUGUGUGUGUGUGUGUGUGUGUGUAUGACCAUAUGAGGGCAGUAGCGCUCCACCAUUCUCUGACCAUCCACGACAGCUGCUGGACCUCAUUUGGGCUCCUGGCUCUGUUGCAAGGCAUAAUUCAACACAAAUUUAGUUCUAUAAAUGUGCUUCACUCACUGUGUAGCUCCCCUGCGUAGUUUUUCGUUGGGUUUUGUUCAUAUACACCGCAUAAAUUGUCAAGUGAUCUGAAGAAACUAAGAUUUUGGUGGGGUAGUAUGUUAUAGGUUUUAGCAGAAUAAUCAUAACUUGACUUUUAGACAGUUGAUGUGUUAUGACUUAAAUGUACAUUACUAUUGUGUGUCUCUUUUCCUGCCAGGUGUAUUGGUUACUUCUUCACACAAACACUCCAGUUUGUUUUACUGGCUCUCAUAUUUCUUAUUACCACUGCAAAGAGUUCUGUAAAAGUUAUUUGUAUGCUUCCAAAAACGGACAGCAUGUGAAGUAAAUUAAGAAAAAGUAAGAAGAAAAGAAAAUUCAAUUUGACUUUGCCGACUUUCAUUUUUGCUGGAUAUUUUUGUUUUAAUUCUUAAAUUGUAAAGUGUAUCCAUUAUUUUACAUCAGUGUUGUUUUCCAUUUACUUGUAAUUGUCAUAGAUCAGCCAUAUACAGUAGUACAAAUCCUCACACAGUUCCACUGCAUUUGUCUUUUCCUAACAGGUAAAUAAAACGACAUACACCCAGA